UGAUCGGUGGCUUUGGUUAGUAAAUUCUUUAUAAAAAAAAAUUAUUAAAAAGAUACAAGUAUACAAUACAUUUAUAAAUUCGAUUAUAAAUGUAGUUGUGACCGUGGUAGCGUCAACAACAACAACGACAUCGGCGUUAGCUGAAAAAAACGCCUGCAAAUUUACAAAUAUUGACGACAACGUUCUGACUUGAUUCUUAGUCGUUCCUCAACAUUGUUCGGCUUUUUUUGGUUGCUUAAAGAUAUUAUUGUUAGGGUUGUCGAAAAAGUAUCUAUACGGUGAGCGUGCGGUCGGCAAAUAAAUGUUCGUCUUCAUGUCUUACCUACCAAACCAACCUACGUAUCUUUUUGUAUAUUUUUCUAAUUUGUAUCUGUGAGUUUUUUUUUUUUGUUUUUGUAAGUGUACACGAGCAAAGCCAAAUAAUAUUUGUAUAUUUUGUUUGCAAAAGUAUCUGUUGGAUUGUAUAGCAGCCAUACAGCCAGUCUCAAGUUAUACCUAGUACAUUUAGAAAAUUCAAAGCUUUUCAGAACCAAGAGUUCUCGGUCUAACAAUCUAACAAUUGGUCGCGUCGUCGCAAGCCAGCAGCAGUUAACUAAGGCUAGAGUGGUGCGGUUCGUCGUUUUAAUGUGACGCGUCCUUAAAAAAAACGAUCAAUCGGGAUUUAAUAAAUUUUUAAAAAAAUAUCUCCAAGGACCAAUCUAUUGGGAUUAUAUACUAAUUUUUGAAAAAAAGUGAUAGUGUAAACAUACCUCAACAAUUUUUUUGUUUGAGACGAACCAUAUGCAAUUUUUUUAUACAAAAAAUAUAAAACAGAAAAUUCAUUGCCAAUUGUGUAUAAAUACCUAAAUAAAACUAAAAUCAAACGCAAAAUUUAUUUAUGUAAAGCUUCUAUAAGUAUCUUUCUAUCACUCAAUUUACAAGAAGAAGACGCAUAGGUAUACCUAUAAUAAAUGCGAAAUAAAGUUGUUUUGUAUAUUUUAUUAGAUACACUCAACGAAGCAAAAAAAAAAAAAAGUAGAUAGAGGCAAAAAAAAAAAAAACCUAAACCUAGGUCAAUAUUGUUUAUAGUGAUACGUUAACUUGGUGUAUAUCUAUCUAUUUGAAAAAAUAAAAAUAUUUUAAAAAGAAGAAAACACCGUUAUAAUUACUUUGUUUUGUUUGUUAUAAUCAAUUUGAAUUAGAUAAAAGUUGUGUAUCAAAAACAACGGAAAUAGAAAAUUAGAAAUAAUAUUUACCAACUAUAAAUAUUUUUCCAGAACAACAAAGUGCUUUUUUGUUUUUUAUUAUUUUUUUUUAAUGAUCGUUAAAUAACGAUAAUUUAUAACGUUUGAGUUGGGUUAAUUAGUGUGUUUUCUAUCUACAAUCAACAAUAACAACUUGCAAAGAGGCAGCUAAACUUAUAAAGAAAGAAGGAUUUUUUUGUUUAAAUUAAAAUACUUAUUUAUUCAAUCAUCAUUACUACUUUAAAGCAAUAAGAAACCCACACCAUGGUUUACUACCCAUCAUUACCGUUAGUUAUGAAAACGGAACCAAUAUCACAAUCAGAAUUCUGCCUACCUUUAACGAAUUCAAAUGGUAUUAUCAGUGACAGCCAAAUGUACCAACAACCAAACAUGAUAGUACAACAGCCAAUCACAAGUAUUAGAAAUCGCAUUGGAGGCGGAUUAGGAGGACCAUCUUCAUCAUCAGCCUCAUCUUCACCAUCAUUAUCGUCUGCAACAAUAAAUGGUGAAACUCUCCUCAUAUCCCCCCACAAUGUUCAAACGUUUCAAAUAACCGAUGGACAAAAUAUUACCAUCUACACAACGACGACGCAAACGCCAGCAGCAGAAAGUAUUUCCCAAACAACAGCGCCAUCAGCAGCGACAACAACUAACAACGGACGCAAGUCCUCAUCUGCGUCGUCGUCGUCGUCGGGUAAAUCAACAACAUCACCAACAAAACCCCAAUUUAAGUGUGAACAAUGUGGUAUGACUUUCGGAAGUAAAAGUGCUCACACAAGUCACACCAAAUCGCAUGCGAAAAUGGAAGGAGUCGGAGGAGUUGCCAUGGUAUCGCAGCAAAUCAAUGAGGUUCCAGCGGGAAUACCCAAAACCCCACAAAUCAAGGGUAAUGGAAGCGGGAGUGACCCGUAUCAAUGUAAUGUGUGUCAAAAGACCUUUGCUGUGCCUGCUAGACUGAUCCGCCAUUAUCGUACACAUACGGGUGAGCGGCCUUUCGAAUGUGAAUUCUGUCACAAACUUUUCAGCGUUAAGGAGAACCUUCAGGUACAUCGACGCAUUCACACGAAAGAGCGACCCUAUAAGUGUGAUGUUUGCGGUCGAGCCUUCGAACACAGCGGAAAACUCCAUAGACACAUGCGGAUCCAUACCGGCGAGCGACCUCACAAAUGUUCGGUGUGCGGAAAGACUUUCAUACAAUCCGGCCAGCUAGUGAUCCAUAUGCGAACGCAUACCGGCGAAAAACCUUACAAAUGCCCCGUUGAGGGUUGUGGCAAGGGUUUCACCUGCUCCAAACAAUUGAAAGUUCAUUCGCGCACCCACACCGGAGAGAAACCCUACCAUUGUGAUAUCUGCUUUCGCGAUUUCGGCUACAAUCAUGUCCUUAAGCUGCAUCGUGUCCAACAUUAUGGGUCCAAGUGCUACAAAUGCACAAUUUGCGAUGAGACAUUCAAGAGCAAAAAAGAAAUGGAAGCUCACAUUAAGGGCCAUGCAAAUGAAAUACCCGACGAUGAAGAGAAUCCAAGUGGAAGCAAUCAAAAUCAAGCUCCCAGCUCACCGAUCUCAAUGGUUGUGAAGGAGGAUCCAUCACUAUCACCGAGUUCACCAUCAUCAUCUUCGAUAAUUCUUGAGACUGAUCAAAGCCGCGAUAGCGGUGUUGCAAUUUCUACCAGUGGCAGUUCCAAUAACACUGGCAGCAGUAGCACCUCACUGGAUGAGAUGCCACCAGAGAUUCAAGCUGAGCUACAGCAACAAAAUCAUCACAAACGUCACCAAAAACAACAACAACAGCUGCAACAAUUGCUUGAGGAUCAACAGCAACAACAGCUGCCUCAGGCCAAGGAAAUGAUCUCGUUUAGCAAUGUUUACCAUAGGUAUCAAGCACGAUCGACAUCACCAUCGGAUGAUCAGCAAGAUCAGCAUCAAACAGCACAGGAAAUGCUGAUGCCACAAUUUGUCGGAAGACCAACAAUCAAUCCGGCAUUAUUGGAAGCUGCAUCGUUGGCAAGUCGAAGAGUUCUCGAAGAGGAUACUUUGAAGACUGGCAGGAGAAUAAACUCUAGAAAUGAAACCGAAGAUCUGCGAACGAGUGCAGGUCCAAGGCAGAGUUAUUAUAGUCCAGCUCCAGUUGCAGAAUUUAGAUCUUCCAUUCCCGCUAAUGACAUAGUCCGUCAAGUUGAAGCAGCCAUUGCUGGUGCUGGCUUAUCACCUCUGCGAUCAGCAUCGUCAGCAUCACCCGAACGAUCAUCAUCGCCAGAAAGUGAUUCAAUGAUGAUGGCAGAUCGUGAUGUUAUGACAUUGCCAUUACGCAAACGCAAGCUCUACUUAAAGGACAACCAAUCUUCAAAGACUGAAGUUCCAAAAGUUAUGCGAAUGAGUUCGGUAAUACAAUUUGCUAAAGCAUCGUAAAAGUAUUCAUAUAUGGUUUUUGUUUAUAAGGAUUUUAUAUAAAAAAAAUAUAGAGUAACGAUAGCGUGAAAACUUGGAAAAAGAAAAAAAAAAAUAGUAGUCAAAUAGAGAAGAAGAAGAAUAAGAUAGUAGCUAUUUAUAAAAAAAGAUUCGCAAUAAAUUCACUCAUGACGUCAUCAAAAUGCAUUCAAUUUUUUCUUUAUAACCUAGAAAUUAGUGUUUUUUGGUUUUUGUUUUGUGUACCUAAUCUGUUUUAGGUUGUUUUAUAUCAAUUUUGUAUCCAUUUAUUUCGUAAAAAUUAAAGAUUGGAUUGAAUUGACUGUUUUGAGGAAACUUUGCUAACGUCACAUUUUUUUCAAUUUUUUCCCUAUUAAUUGAAUUUAUGGGGUUUUUGUUUAUGUAAAGGUUUUAUAAAGCUUUUACAAAAGAAAUUUCCUUCCCUAUAGAAAUUAUAACUUCGUUAACAAUUUGCUUAGUUGUUUGGAAGUAACAGGUUAUUGCUUAUGUAAGGAUUUUAUAAAGCUUUCAUCAGAAGCAAUUUUCUUCCUUAUAGAAGUUUUAACUUCUUUAAAAAUUUGCUUACCUCUCCAUUUUCCAUACAGAGAAAAUUUAAUAAUUCUUAAUCGAUGUUAAAAUGUAAGCUUCGGUAAAACUUAAUAGAAGGUGAAGUUAUAGUUGUGCAAUUAACUGAACUCGUUUUUUUUCAGCUAAGCAAAGACUUUUGAGAAUUUGAAGAAAACAAAAUUUUUUCGAAAAGACGAAAGAGUACAACAACAAAAAUAAAAAUCUUUUCGUUUUCAAGUUUUAUUGAAUUUUCAAAACAGUGAAUUUAAUUUUAUUAUCUAACAAAAAUAAAAAAAAAACAAACCCUUCCACAUAACAUAAGACUUAAAUAAAAUGGGCAAAACAAAAAAAA